AUGCUACAAACACCGGCUCAGUUUGGGGUGAUCAAAAAGUGCAUAUUGGAUGUGCACCAAAAGCAAAUCAAGACUCUGGAUGACCAGAUGUCUGUGGUUCGUGAUCUGUGCGAAGCGAUCGAAUCCCUAUUCCGUCUUGGACUGACCAACCGGAGUCGGACACGGGAUUAUUAUUCCUGGAUGGAAGAUUUGAUGAAAAAAUUGAAACAGGAAAAAUCUUUCAUUCAUCCGGACUUUUCGGCCGCUUUGAAAUCGGUUCGGAAAAACAAUAGCCUGUGCAAUAUACAAGGCAAAGGACGCCAAAUGAUUCGUUAUUUGCUUCAACGUGGUCGUCUGGAUUUUCCCAUUCACUAUAUGCAAAAUCAUCCGCAAUUCGCGGAGAAAUUUUAUCAACACCCAACGGAAUCUGUGCUUGCGCAUGAAAUUCUAGUCCAAAUAUUCGGCUCGCUGAUCAGUGAACUGUGUCGAAUGACAUUC